AUUUGAAGCCAAGAUGAAGCGACCGUCGUCGACACCGCCGACAAAUCUCGUUGUUGUCGGCCAAGCCGUCGCUCUAGGUGCCGCCAUGGCAUGGAUCUACUGGAAGAGCGAGUUCCGCGUUGUCAUGUGGCUUCGUUAUGUCGCCCUAUGCCUUGGUGUGUCUGGGUGGCUUCUCCAUCCGAGUCUCAGCUCCGCGGUAUCCUCACCAUCGCCCCUGACAAACGAGCCCGAGCAGGAAGAAGAUACCUCAGCAGCACUCACCACAGCCAACAAUGCGAAGCCCGACGUGAUGGAGGCUGUCGCGUGUACAUCUGAAAACGUUGAGGGUACAUCUACAGUCGGCGACCCUACUUUCGUUUGCUACCCCCCGUCGUUGCUGCGUCUGCGCAGUCGCGACGUGUACAUGACGACCCAGGAAGAGCAAUGGACUCGAGACGAAUACGGCCACAUGUAUCUGUCCCAGACGUCCAAGCGCGUGCUUGUCCAAUGUCCGACCUCCGAGAACGAAUUCGUGCUCCAACGCAUGACCCAAGGCGGGUUCAACGGUGCUCGCAGUGGCGCUAUGGUGCCGACUUCGACGCCUCCAUCUGCAGGGCCAGCGUCGCCGGCAUGGCGCCAGCGAUGGAUGCGCUAUUUUCUCGACAAUGCGACAACGUUCGUCAACGCCCUGUUGGAGUACGCGGUCAAGUGCAUGGGCACUGCCAUCUUGAUGUCCACCUGCGCGAUUGUGUGGAACUAUUCCCUAGGAAUCAACGCCGACUUGUCGUUUCACGACCUCAUCUGGAAACAUUUGCAAGACGCGUAACAAGCCAUCGGCGAGUGUCCACAGCGUCGAAAAUAUACAUAUUCGAAACGAAUUGCUCAGAAUUAUUGAUUCUUCGAAAUAUU